AAUCCACCCUUACCAAAAAAAAGUAUAAUAAUAAUCCACCGCGCAACAGGAUCUGUGUACUUUACUUCCAUCUUCAUCUUCCUGAGGAUUCAAAUUGAAAUUGAUGAUAAUGAUGAUACAGAUUUGAAAAUAACAGAAAAUCACUCAACAACGAAUAACAACUUACUUCUUCUGCAACAAUGGCGGAUCCAAAGAACGAAGGUUUUCUCACCUACGCUUAUCUUCUUCUCUACAUUGCUCUUUCCAGCGGUCAAAUCUUCUUCAACAAGUGGGUUUUGUCGUCUAAGGAAAUUAACUUUCCUUAUCCUUUGGCGUUGACUCUACUUCAUAUGAUCUUCUCCUCUGUUGUGUGUUUUAUAUUAACCAAAGUUCUAAAGGUUUUGAAGGUUGAGCAGGGAAUGACUCCUGAAAUAUAUGCUACUUCAGUAGUGCCAAUUGGAGCCAUGUUUGCAAUGACUCUUUGGCUUGGAAAUACUGCCUACCUGUAUAUUUCCGUUGCAUUUGCACAAAUGCUGAAGGCAAUUAUGCCUGUAGCUGUUUUUGUGCUUGGAGUAGCUGUAGGACUUGAGGUGAUGAGCUGCAAAAUGCUUUUCAUCAUGUCAAUGAUUAGUUUUGGUGUUCUAGUAGCUUCUUAUGGUGAGAUAAAUAUAAACUGGAUUGGAGUAGUUUACCAAAUGGGAGGUGUUGUUGGUGAAGCUCUAAGACUUAUCUUCAUGGAAAUUUUUGUGAAGAGGAAGGGUCUUAAGUUGAAUCCUAUAUCUGUGAUGUAUUAUGUUAGUCCCUGCAGUGCACUUUGUUUAUUCCUUCCAUGGAUAUUUCUAGAGAGAUCAAAGAUGGAGGACCAUGGACCAUGGAACUUCCCACCUGUUUUGCUUAUCCUCAAUUGCCUUUGCACUUUUGCUCUAAACUUAUCAGUUUUCCUUGUGAUUACACACACAAGUGCUUUAACCAUUCGUGUUGCUGGAGUUGUUAAGGAUUGGGUGGUUGUCUUACUGUCUGCUGCUCUGUUUGCUGACACAAAGUUAACAACCAUCAAUUUGUUUGGUUAUGGAAUUGCCAUUGCAGGUGUAGCAGCAUAUAAUAACUUCAAGUUAAAAAAGGAAACUUCUCGAGACCCCUCAGCUGCUUCUGAGCUUGUUGAAUCUACCCAAAUGCAGGAGUCUCAGCCUUUAGUAAAUAGAUAGUAGCAGUCUGAAUUACUCAAUGUAUGUAUACAUAUAUUUGACUGUAUCCUCUUCCCACAUUUUUGCUUCUUAUAGAGUAUUUCUUUAUCUCUUCCAGUUGUUCAUGCCUUGUGGGAACAUAUAGUAGAUAGCAACACAGUUGUUAGAUAGUGUAUCAAAUAUUCAUGUAGUGGAUAUAGAUUUAAACAAGAGUUAUGGAGUUUCUUCUAUCUUAUAAACAAUUUCAGUCGGGAAUGUAACAUUCUGAAUCAAGUGUAAUAUGUGUAUAUGUAUACACAAACUUUAUCCUUUCAAAUUGAGGUGCUAAGCCAUGGCAUUUGAAUUUUGAGGACUCUGAAGUUAUCCCUAGUGAUUUUUUUGAUGCAA